UCGUUGUUCACUUAGUCGACAGCCCAGAUGCUUCCGCAGUAUAAUGACCUUGACAUUGUACUUUCUGACGAGUUCCUCAUCCCAUCAAAUAGAGAUAUCGGGGCUAAAAUUGUUCCAGAAGAAAUUGCUGACCAGAGAUGCACUUAUCUUUGCGGAAAUUCUCUUGGUCCUUUAACCAAACGGUCCAAGGCUCUCCUGCAGGAGGAGCUACAUGUUUGGGGGACACGAGCCGUCGAAGGACACUUUGCGCACCCUUAUGGCCGCGAGUGGAUGAAUAUUGCCGAUACGGUUACCCCAUUACUCGCUGAAUUGGUGGGUGCCUCGGAGAAGGAGGUAGCUUGCAUGGGCACUCUGACUGCGAACCUGCAUCUGAUGAUGGCCGCAUUUUACAAACCUACUACUCAACGUUUCAAGAUUCUAUGUGAAGGCAGAGCUUUUCCCUCGGACCAGUACGCAUUUGCUUCCCAGGCUCGUCUGCACGGGUAUGACCCGAACGAAGCGAUCAUUGAAAUGUGCCCUCGGGAAGGCGAGUUUACACUACGCGAGUCCGACAUACUGGACUUUAUCGCCAAAGAAGGUCCCUCGAUUUCUCUUGUGAUUUUCAGUGGCGUGCAGUAUUACACUGGUCAAUGGUUUCCCAUGGAGGCUAUCACCACUGCAGCCAAGGCACAGGGGUGUAUUUGCGGCUGGGACCUCGCUCAUGCUAUCGGAAAUGUUCCCAUGGCGCUUCACGACUGGGGUGCCGAUUUUGCUGUAUGGUGCUCAUACAAAUAUCUGAACUCAGGCCCCGGCGGAAUUGGCGGGCUUUUUGUGCACAAAAAAUGGGAAAACAGCCUAUUGCCCCAGUAUGCAGGGUGGUGGGGGCACGAUCCAGCCACCAGAUUUGCCAUGCCUCCUCGGUUUUCAGCUAUCCCUGGCGCACAAGGAUUUCCAACAAUCCAAUCCCUCGGUUCUUUGCAGAUCUUCAAGGAAGUCGGCAUGAUGACUCCCCUACGCAAGCGAUCGCUUCAGUUGACUUCCGAGCUGGAGGCGAGACUCGUUAAGUCAAGGUUUUAUGUCCCCGAUGGAACGAACAACAAGGAUGACACUGCCCAACAGGACAAACCCGGAUUCACCAUCAUCACACCCCGUGAUCCCGAGUCCCGAGGUUCACAGUUAUCGCUUCUAUUUCUGCCACCUAAUUCAGACGUGAUGAACACGGUUUUUAAUGCAUUGUCUGCAACGGGCGUUGUCGGAGACGAGAGAAAACCCAACGUGAUUCGCUUAACACCCGCACCGCUGUACAAUACAUUAGGUGACUGCGAGAGAGCUGCCUCGUGCCUUGAAGACGCAUUCGAAGGUUUGACGAAAGUAACCAUAUUGUAA